AUGAAUAUUUUUACAUGCUGCGUCCUUUGUGUUCUUUGCACUGUCAUUGUUGCCAAGAACUUUAACGAAGUUGCAAUCGAUCAUGGCGGGCAUGAACAAAUAAAUGAAAAAGAAUAUCGAUGUAUUGCUCAAUGUUCUUUUUCUGUUUCAUUCGACCAAUUAUCACCAUUUUUUCUUCCACAGCAAUGUCAAACACGUUUUCAAAAUUCUGUUUGUCAUGUUGAAUUAAAUAUCGAUUACGAAAGCCGUACUGUUUCAGGCGCAUUUGACUCUCAUGGUGAUCAUGGUGAUAUGUCAGAUGGUAUCAAAUUAGAACCUGGAAUGGAAAUGGAAGUACGUGAAACAACAUAUAAUUUUCAGCGUAAACAAGUGUUGAAAGCUACUUGGAUCAUUUUUUGUGCGACUAAUGAUGAAUGUGAUAGAAAUUAUAUGGAUAUUCAUCUUUUAGAAAUUAUUCAAAAUAAAACUUGGAAUAUGUUCGACAAAAUUUCUUCACUAAUUUUUUCACCUUCAUCGAAAAAUUUACAAUGUUAUAUGAGUGAGACAAUGGUACAAAAUUGUACAAAUGGAGAUAUUUGUCGCUAUAAUCGAAACCCACAAUUUAAUGCUGGAAAACCGGAUUAUCAUUGUCAAUCAAGCUUAACUAAUCAACAAAUGAUUUUCUUUCAAACUCAUCGAUCCAAAACAUCGGCAACGUUUUCAACUGAUCUAAAGAGAUAUGAUAUACUCAAUUAUGUGUGCAAUAUCGACAAUUGCAAUAGUCCAAUAAUUGCAACUGAAAUAGGACGUUUGAUUAAUUUAGAAGUAGAAAAAGAUACGAUUAACUCUAGCAACACGUUCAUAUUUGAUACAAAAAUGCUGUUUACUUUAUUUUUCGGACUAUUUUUUGUAAUUUUUGCUUAA